GAGAGAGAGAGCGGUGCAUGCUUCAUGAAUGAGUCCCCCUCCACCGCACCGCAGGUCAGACCCUCCAUCCGCCUGCACCCUGAUGCCCGAGUGGGUGCGCAGACCGGCGGGGAACAGUAGAGGAGCCUCGCCGCCGUCGCCGAUGAGCUCCGGGCGGUAAAAACACACAUCCCAAUCGGUACUACAUGAUCGUUUCAUCCCUCCAGGAACAAACACGACAGGAUAAGAUGCUUGAUGGACUCCGGCGGAGGCACGCCUCCCGGCCCUCCUCCAGACCCUCCUCCCGACCGCUGUCACUCAACUUCAGCACCUUCUCGGCCCCUCCCCCGAGCCCAGACAUGGACAGCAGCAGUGAGCAUCCAAUCAGGAGGACUCUGCACCGGUUGAAGUUGAUGAGCUCUCCCAGCCUCAGCGAGCUGGGGAAGAGUGAGAAAAGUUCACCAGAGGACAGAGGGGAGAAGCAGAAGAGGGCAGGAGCCAACGCCACCUGGAACAGCAUCCACAACGCUGUCAUAGCAGUCUUCCAGAAGAAAGGUUUGGCAGAUAACGAACUCUACGCCCUCAAUGAAGGUGUCCGGCAUCUGCUGAAGACUGAGCUGGGGUCCUUCUUCACAGAAUACCUUCAGAACCAGUUGCUGACAAAAGGCAUGGUCAUCCUUCGGGACAAAAUAAGGUUCUACGAAGGUCAGAAGUUACUCGACUCUCUGGCAGAGACGUGGGACUUCUUCUUCUGUGAUGUUCUCUCGAUGCUGCAGGCCAUCUUCCAUCCAGUCCAGGGUAAGGAGCCCUCUGUCCGACAGCUAGCUCUGCUUCACUUCAGGAACACGAUAGUCCUGAGUGUAAAGUUAGAGGACGCCCUCUCCCGACCUCGCGCCCGAGUGCCCCCCUCUGUUACACAGAUGCUGCUUAUUUUACAGGGGGUCCACGAGUCACGCGGUGUGAAUGAGGACUACCUGAGGCUCGAGUCUCUGGUUCAGAAGGUGGUCUCGCCUUACCUGGGCACCCACGGACUUUACUCUGGAGAUGGCGUUGAGGCUCACUGCUGUGUCCUGGAGAAGUGUUUAUCGUGGCCUAAGUCUGCGGAUCAACCGUCUAAAAACCCUGUGGUACGAUCGAAAAGCUACAAUAUCCCUCUGCUGCUGACUCCGGUGGCUGAGUAUGACCCAGAUGCCAGCUCCGUUGGCAGUGGAGGAAUCCGGCGCCACUCGGCCUGUGAGAUUAUAUCAUGCCUGGAGGAACAAGGACUGGCCUACGCUGACCUGGCCUCAGGACCUGAACUGUCUGGCCCCUCCUCCCACAGACUGUGUGUGGGCUCUCAGUUCAACGGGAUUGUACAAGCGGGAGCGAGUGCCAUGGACUUGCCUCUUUUGUCUCCCUCCAUCCUUCCCCUUCAUUCCUCAGGAGCUCUCCACGGCACCGAGGCCACGACCACAAUGACUGAUCUCAGUAAAGGUGCAUCCUCCACGCCGCCCAGCGAAUCAUCCAGCCCUGAAACCAUAAUUGGACAAGUGUUAGAGUCUGCAGACUCAGACUCAGAUGGGAUAUUUAUUGAUUUCCCACCUCACUCCUCAGAGGCUAUGGGGUACAGUCGUGAGAGCAGGCAGAGCACUGUGUAACUGCGGUUGCCGUUAGGAACGCAGCACCCCCAAACUCCCCCCGACCCCGACCCCAACCCCAGUGUGUACGGUAAAAAUCUGUGAGAAAGAUUAAAGAAAUCUACAUUUCAUUAAAUGGGUACCAUCUUCCUUUUUGACUGUAGUUCGAUGAAUUUUCCAAGACCACUGCUGGUGAGUGAAAACCUUUUAUCCAACAAAAACACGCAGCAGUGGAACUGUUAUUAAAGGACUUUUACCAGGUUUUCAACUUCAGGACGCUGUAGUUACGACUUCAUCUAAGCUUUUUUAUCCUCAAGUCAGAUAAUGUUCUUAAGAGAUAAGUCUGGUGGUGUUCUAUAUUUUCUUAUUGAGGACAAAUCCCAUGAAAAAAAGACCAAAAUCUGCAUGAAUUGAUGCCACUAACAUCAGUGAGCCACACAGCUGCACUGACAUGCUUCUCGGUUCACAAACACCAUCCUGCUGCCUGAAAAUGUGUAUUAAUCCGCAGCUUAAAAUAGUACCCAACAAAGACACUAUAUCAUUCAGAUUUUAUUUUUAAUUUAGAGACUUUUCAUGAGAUUUGUUGAAAAUAUCACAAAUAUACAACAUAAU